AGAGAGAGAGAGAGAGAGAGAGAGAGAGAGAGAGACCGGAAAGAAAUGGAAGGAAAGAGCUCGCCGUCGAGUGGUGCGACAAGGAGGGAUUGAGAACGGGGUUGAAAGUGGGGGGAAAGCCGUGGAGAAUCAGCGCACAGCUACACCCCACCGUGACGGCCGCGGCAGUCAGUCGUCCGCGCAUCCUCGUUCGGUGAGGGUUUCGUGUUCGGUGGUGAAUCGUUGGAGAGCUUCCCGUACCGAGUGGUGGAAUCAUCAGAUUGUCAUUCAUCGAUCAGCUGAUCUCUGACUAGUGGUGCGCCGACCUGUGGCCGUCGACCGCAUCGACGACGACCUUCGACCUUCUCCUCCUCCACGAAGCUCUGCCGAUCGGAAGUGGCUGAACGCCCGUGGGACGACGCGCGACUCGCAGCGUGGAAGCAGAAGGGAGAGCGAGGCAGCUCCAGAACGACGACAACAACGACGACGACGACGACGACGACGACAACGACGACGACGACGGGGGAGUGUGAUUGAAUAACCGUGGAAACUUAAGCAGAGAUUCUGGGUCAAGAAUCUACGUGGUCGUGGACGAACCACUUCUUCGCGGUUCAUCGACCGAUAGAGAUUUCCCUGGAAAAAGCAACGAUUUCAAUGGAAUUAGCAAAGCCAGCAACGACGUUGAGUUUAAAUCCGAAUUCACCGAGGUUUCGCUGUCAUGCUCGCUGACUGACGUUGAGAUACUGCAGUGCGCUCUGUCCGUUUUAAGAGAGUGCGACGAUGAUCCCGCCGCGGCUUUUCGUUAUUUAUUCGUGGGAACACCUCCGUUGUACGGGCGCGAAUUGAAAGACACGGACAGACAAAUGAAGAUCUUGAUCAAGGAUUCGUAGAACGAUCGGCUAUCAGAACGAUGUGAGAGGAAUAUAUGGGUGAACACCAAACGGGCAAGGAAGACUCGACGAAAUCACGAACACGUGGCGAGACGUGAAGCGGGCGUUGAGCCUGCUAUGUGUAAAGAAACUCUCCGGCAGCGGCACGAUGCUGGAAGCACCGCCCGGGAGUCGCGAGGACCUCGUAGAGGCGGCAAGAACACCAUGCACACCCACAGAUCUGGACACGAUGUUAUAUGGAUACACGAACAACAUAUACGUGCUGGACCACACUCCUGAAUCGCUGCCGGACAUGGAUAUGCUGCAACUGUUCGCCUCGCCGGCGGGCCGAGCGUUGCUCACCAGUGACAAUCGACGGAGAGGAUCGACGUCGACCUCCUCCUUGUCUCGAGAGUCCUCUUCGAGGCUGAAGAGAAGCAGAAGACCAUCGGGUACAGUCAGCGCGCCGACCACGCCACCCAGACAACGGAAAUCAAGCGCCGAACUGUACAAAGAAGCUGUCGAGAUUCUUGGUCUUACCUGUUCGUUGACUGAUAGCUGCCCGUGCAUCGAUUGUCAGAGCAACUAUUUCGACUGCGACGACGAUUUCGGCGACGCUAGAACGGAAUUGGCCGCGGGUACUCCGAUUCUGCUGGACCACGCUCUGUCACAUCCAUUGACGUGUUCCAUACAGUAGCAGCCGAACAUCACGUCCCGAUUACGAGAUUACGUUGCCCUGUGCUGGCAUUUGACGAACCGGAAGUCAUCGAGCUGUCGAGGAUCCAUCGGGAAACGUCGAAACCAGAACGAAGCGGGAGAUGUUCGACGCGUGUACCUCGACUCCCCGGAAACUACCCGAGAAUCGUGAAGAUCGUGCGAACGAAGGAAAACGAAUAACGGGAAGAGAUGAAUUUUCAGUGUUGGCUUCUCGAGUUUCUAGUUUCGUGAAGAGAGGAUGAGAAGAAUAAUGCGAGAAAGUCUGCACGAACUGACUUCUGACGAAGAUCUCCAUCGAUGAAUGCUUCUGACAGAUGUUCGCGCGCGUCUUCUUCCAGCGUUGAUAUUGCGUUCGUUGAGUUCUUCGACACCGCGUAGAUCGUAAUCGUAUAAUGCGUGUAAUGUACUACGUGUACAGGAAGCGAAAGGUGGAAACGCGUCUAAUAAUCCUAAGAUUUUGUAUAUUUCGAUUGCGUUCAAUUGUAACACCGUAUGUUCACGUAAGAAUUUGCUUGCCGGUAAACAGACACGAAGUAUUCCGAUCGUACUUAAUUAAAAACGGAGGCUUCCGAUUUGGAAAAAAAAAAAAAAAAGAAAAAGAUAAAGAAAAUUCAACCUCAUGUGAGUCAUUCGAUCAUCGAUUCUCCCCCUUCGAUGGAACACGGUAUUAUAUUGUAACGAUAAUUUAAAAAAGAAAAAAAAGAAGACCCAACCAAUGUAUAAUUUGUGGACAAUACAUCGUAACGGAACAAGUCGCUGCUCCGAUUGUUUCUUCUCUUUUUUAUAUGAAACGAAAAAACAAAAGAUUUAAUCAUAGCGCAGGCUUACGUACCUAGGGAUAUUUAUGUACAAAAUGCUCCCUGAAUGUACAACACAUCUGGUGAGUAAUUACUUACUCCAGGUUGCUGGAAAUUCGUAAAAAUAAACAUCGGUAUAACGAAACAAGCACAUUCACGCAUACGCACGCGCGCGCGCACACACACACAAAACACACGUACAUACAGAAAAAAAAAGUGGGGCAAAAGCUCAUCGUUUCACGUUUUUAUUAUUAAAAAUUUCUAUAAUGUUAUCUUCGAUAUUUAAAUUUAAAAAAGAAUCCAACGCGGCGUGAAAUCUCGAGCAGAGCACGGUUCGCGCGCAGAGGAGAGAAAUAAAAAUAUAUAUAACGAAAGAGAAAAAAAGAAAGACAAAAAUACAAUACGCUCGUCUGGCUCAAAUUAGACGAAUUUAUUUGUCGACGCGAAACGACAGACACGCCAAAUGAUAAAAAUAUAUGCGCCAAAUUUCUAUAUUAAUUAGCGAUAACGAUAAUAAUAACAAAUAAAUAAUAAUAAUUAACUAUUUAAUAAAUGAUAACCCUAAUAAUAAUAAUAAUAAUAUUAAUAAUAUUAAUAAUAAAUUUCGAUCUAGUCGGAAGGUGUAACGUGAUUAAGACGUUCAUUAGGUGACAUUUAAAUGGUUUGUCGACAAACACGAUAUAUGAGAAUUAUAUAUAUAUAUAUAUAUGUAUUAUAUAUAUAUAAUAUAUAAAUAUACGUGUAUAUAUACACAUUAUAUUUACUACACGUUUUAUUAUUAUACUUAUUCAAUUAAGUCUAGUAGGAUACAUACGUUGUCGAACGUUUAUGAGCUCGCGAACAAGUCAAACCGAGGAAAAACCCAAAAAAAAUUAUUAAAAAAAAAAAAAUAAAAGCCAGGAAGUAGUUGAAAGAACAAAAAAAAAAAAAAGUAAGAUAAAGCAGGAGGAGCAAUAACUAGAUCACGGAUGUUUAUGCAUUUAUGGAAAGUUCAAUGACGCGAACAUGUUCUAUAUUCUACGAAACGUUCAGAGUAUUCAACGAGCGUGCUAAAUUUCUACAUAGGUUCCAUUUAUUCAGUUGUGUUCAUAAAAGGUCUAAAUUUGCGUAAACAUCCACGGUCUAGUAAUAACGAAAGAGAGAAGCGUAAACGCGUUGACACGUAGAAUUUAUACACGCGAGAUCGAUACGUACGCAUCGAACAUAUAGACACCUGUCCGAUGAAAUUUUAUAAAAUCGAUAUCCUUUUCGUCAAGCGUCCCGCGUUCGAGUUAUUUAGACACACGUCGACUGCUGUUUUCGAUUCCCAUUUCUCCGAUGAGAACGUCUCGUUGAUAUUAACGAAAUGUUUCGAAAAUUUCUCUCUUCAAGCGUUGCGAUUCAAUUAAUGUUAACGUCUCUUCUGCCUGCCUUUAACGUUACAAAACGACACGAAACGAAGCGUGUAAAACCGAGUAUCUGCGGUCCUCCGUCGAGGUUCUCGAAUUGUCGAACAAAGACGAGGAAGAAACAAAAUUUGUUGGCGACAGUCGACGUGUAAUCCACGUGAAUCGUGACGUAUAUGUAUAAACGACGAUUUAACGAUAAACGAAGCUAGGCCUGAGUUACAUAGGAUCCGUGGAUGGACUGAAAGAAGUUGAGAGGAACGAAUGUACGUGAGGAAAAGUAGUAUUAAAAGCAACUGGUCGUUUCCUCGAAUGAUUAUGGGGGGAAAAGAAUGAGGGAAAGAAACAGGAUGUGGCAGUGACGUUGUAUGUAAAUCGGCGCGAGAUAAAAUUAGAAGGAAAAUCACGUUCAAGAGUGCAAGUGCCAAAUUAAUGUUUAAUCGCGCGAAGCUUAGUAAUUCACUGUCGAAGUCUCUUCUUAAAUUAUCCGAUAGACUACGACUUAACGAAAGAAAGCGAGGCGAUACCAUUGAACAUUCAUGAGUUUCAAAUUCUGAAAACUUUGCAAAUUCUCUAAAUUCUCCUGUUAAAUGUAUCGUGCUUUAUCUCGUUUGCCAAGGCUUGUCGAAUCUUCGAUGAAACAACAAUUGGAGUUCGAUCGUUUUAUAAGCAACAUGAUUUUUCCGAGAAUCAAGUCAGAAAGCUCAAUAAAACGAGCAAUAGAAAACUUGAGGGAGAGAGAGAGAGAGAGAGAGAGAGAGAGAGAGAGAGAGAGAGUGAAAACGAGGGAGAACACAGAACGUACCAAAAUUACGUUAACACUUGAAUGUUGAGAAAGAAUUUGCUCUUUAUUUACCUUUUCCUUCCAAAUACAAUGACAUUGUUAUAUAAAUAACGUUUCAUAUAUGAGUGUUGAUUAAUGAGUGUCUCCUCUCGUUCGAGUGUUAAUCUAAUUUAAUACCGUAUCUUGUAAUUUAUAAAAGAAUGAAUCGCAUUACUUAUAGAACGACCCGAUACACACAUUAAUUGUAAAAAAGUAUCUUAGCCAACUUGAAGCAGUUUUAUACAGCUCGAACGACGAGCACUAAACAUCCACAUGUUUUAUUACGUUGUCGUAAAAACGAGCGAGACGAAAUGGAAACGUUUCAGCCGCGAUUGCUUUCUUUUUACAACGAGGCAAGCUGUCGUAGCGACGGGAGCCUGCCACAUUUCACUGAUCCACGACCCCCGCUACGUUUCUGAGCAACUUUCGACUUUCUUAUCGCUGCCAUCGUUUUUCGCCGGAUUGUUUCGAUACCGAAUUAUUCGCGAAUAGAGGAAGACUUUCAAAGAUGAUUUUCCCUUUUCGUUCAGUCUACUCGAAGAGAAGUAACCGUAGAGACACGUUUGUAUAAUCAGAAAUGUUAUCGCGACGUUGUUACGCGUAGGUAGAAAGAAGUUAGGCGAAUUUUUGAUCGACUAUAGUUACGAACGGAAGAGCGCCGACGAAAUGACAGUUCGUUGCCGGUUCAAUUAACAAGUGUCGUUAACUUGUUAAAAAGCAAUUAGUGAUACGAAGUUGUUGAGAUCUGUUCUACUUCUUUCAAACUGCUGUUCUUGUUACUUGAGAAAACCUCGCAUUUCCGCCUCUCUUCCGGUUGAAUUCAAACAGCCAAUCGACGUUGAAGGUCGUUCGUAUCGCGCGAUCGUUGAAUUGGCGUUCUUUCUCUCAUCGACGAAAGUAAAAGAGCAAUUAAGUAAUCCUUUUUCCCUGAGAGAAUAUUCGAGAGGAACGCGUAGAAACCAAGAGAUGGACGAAAAAAUGAUGGGGGGAAAUAACACGUGGCUUCUAAUCGUUUUAUAGUAAUAUAAGCCGUAAUUAAGCAGAGAAGAAUGAUUCUUGCAACCGCGCAGCGGCGUACUCUUGGAUAUGACUACCAUUAAAAUGCGAUAAAAUAUAAA